GGAAAAGCUUUUACUUCCUAUCCAAAACGUUGCCUUUUUUUUUUUUUUUUCAAUUUCUCUCUCUACGCAUUUGUGACCGAUCAAAUCAAAAAUUGCCGAAAGCCAAAAUUAAAAUAAAAAAUCAAAAUAAAAUAAAAAAACCUUUAUAGCCAUACCAAACGUUACAAAAUUAAAAAAAAAAUAAUGAAAAGUAGGGAGAGACAGUGCUGUUCGGGAAAAAAACAUCUCUGAGCCGUUUUGCAGCCCCUGGUAUUAGUUAAUAGCAAACGAAAGCAUAGAAAGAAGGAAGAAAACCCAAGUGUGUUCUUAUCGUCUGUCUGGUAGUGGCAGUUGUUAACAACUUUUUUCUUUUAUUUUUUUCUUUUUUGGGGGGCGUUUUUCUUAGUUUCCUUUAUAGUUUAGUUUUCUUCUCCAGAAAAUUUAAGGUGUUUUCGUGGAUUUUUUUUUUUUUUUUACAAGAAUCUGCCGAAAACCCAAACAACCCAACCUCUAUUUCUGCCUAUCUUGAUUUUUUGUUGGUAUCCUCAAAUCUUAUCUUUGACGUAAUCCUUUGGAUCGUCCCCAUCAUCGUCAGAUUACCAAAACUUUCAAAACAUCCCCCCCCCCAAAAAAAAAACCAACACUAUUGAAUUAAUAGUUUGGAGGCCUUUAUUUUGAUCGUCUAUAAGAAAAUUCCAAUUUUAUUGGGAUCCGAUUCUUUUGAUCUGAAUUGGGUUGAUUAUUUCACACAAAAAAAAAAAAGAUUGCGAUGAAAGGUUUGCCGUUAGAGCAGUGGAGAGAUUAUUUCCGGACAGCAAAUUCAGACAUAUUUGAUAUAAUCGAUCAUGCAAUUACGGUAGCAGCUUUGGAUUGUCCUAAAGAGUUCAGAUUACGUAGAGAUCAAAUUGCUGAGAAGCUCUUCACUUGUAAAUUCACUCGCUGUUCCGGUUGCGACCGUGUCGAGUUGGUUCUUCCUCAAUAUGAAGAUAAUAACGGUAGAGGCCGCCAGGCAAGUUUUAAAAGAGAAGCUGAUGAUGAAGAUGGAUGUGAGUUUUUUGAGGCAGGUGGUAGCAAAGAGAGCAAGGCUAAUAGUAGCAGAGAUGAUCCUUUGAUGAAUCAAUUUGCUAGUAAUUAUAGCUAUGGCGAGGCCGAGGCUUUAACUGACGAAAUUGAACAAGAGUCUAUGAUUGUUGGGGAAGUCUUCAGGAUCAAAGAGGUUCUUCACAAUAGUCAAGACGAGCCUGAUUCUGUACUGUUUGAAUCAUUGAGGAAACUUCAGUUAAUGGCUUUGACAGUAGAUAUUCUCAAGGCAACUGGGAUUGGAAAGGCUGUUAAUCGCGUCAGAAAGCAUUCAUCCAAACAGAUUCGUCAUCUUGCACAAACUCUUAUUGAUGACUGGAAGGAAUUGGUGGAUGAGUGGUUUAGUGCUACAAAGACUAUAGCUGAGGGUACUCCAGAAUCUGUGAAUCCAUCUGUUGUUGAUGAAGAAGAAGUAGAAGAAGAAGGGCUUCCAUCUCCUCCUUUAGAUGUAGGAGCUUUCUUUGCUACUCAACCUACAUCAAUGGAGCUCUCACAGUUUUUUGAUGGCAUGGAUGACGAUGGAAAUCCUCGAAGCAGUGGGGGAUUCAUCAAGAACCGGGAUAAUGGAAGAAAACCAUCACAGGAGAACCAAAAUUUUUCAAAACUGAAACAGCAGACUUCAGAAAAAGCAAAUCUGCUCCCUAAGGAUGACAAGAGUCAACAAAUGAAGAGACAAGAACCUGUUGCAAAGCCUAACAAGCCGUUGAGCACAAAUAUUGGGUCUGGGAGACUUCCAAAACAUAAUAUGGAUCUAAAAGUCAACAAUGAACCAAAGUUGCUGCAGAAAUCAGAUAAGAUGGCUUUCACUAAGAAGCCUCUCAGCAGUCAGCAAGAUAAAUUCAAGUCUUCAGAUGAAGUUGCUGUCCAGCGAAAGCUUGAGGCAACAAAAAGGAAGCUUCAAGAGCGAUAUCAACAGGCUGAGAAUGCCAAGAGGAAGCGGACAAUACAGGUCAUGGAGUUGCAUGACCUCCCUAAGCAAGGGUCUGGCCCCAAAAUUCCAUAUUUGAAACCUGGGAACCAUAAUCGGCACUGGCUAAAUGGAAGGAGAUAGUCUCUCCCUUCUGGAAGAUUGGUGUAGAUAGCCUUCCAUGUUUCUUCCAUUUUGCAAAUUGGUUUGAAGAAUACCAAUAACAAAUGGGUGCACAGUGACCUGACCCACUUCAGCAAUCAAUAAGAAGAAUUCUUUUCAGUGAUGAUCAUGUUGCAAAGCCAUGGAGGGACAUUCUCAAAAAUAGAGAAAAACAAACUUUGAGGUAUAGGGACUUUUCGUUUACUGCAUAGAUAGAAAUUAUAGGAUGGGUAAAAUCACACAUUUGGGGACUAAAUUCUUGAAUCAAUACUCGAAUGGAUCUCUGUAUAGAACCCAGAUUUUUUACCCAUCCCUUUGACUACUCAACAUUCUUUUUCCUCGUAACCAUCAUCUGACUUUACUUUGUAAUAAGUGCUUGUUAAUGAAAUGAUGAUGAUAGUGAUCAGUUCUAAUC